CGAGAACAUGCCCCUCGCAAAGGACCUCCUUCAUCCCUCUCUGGAAGAGAAGAGGAAACACAAGAAGCAGCGCCUGGUGCAGAGCCCAAAUUCCUACUUCAUGGAUGUGAAGUGCCCAGGAUGCUAUAAAAUCACCACAGUCUUUAGCCAUGCACAAACGGUAGUUUUGUGCAUUGGUUGCUCUAUUGUCCUCUGCCAGUCUACAGGAGGAAAAACGAGGCUUACAGAAGGAUGUUCCUUCAGGAGGAAGCAGCACUAAAAGCAUCCUGACUCAAGAUGAGUGGGAAACCAUCCCAAUAAACACAUUUUGGAUAUGUCCUGUUUAUUGUCUUGUUUAACUGCUAGGAAGUUCCUGCCUCAAGUACUCUGGGGCAACCAGAAGAGUGGAACACUUAGAGUCAUUUGGGGCAAUUUGUGAAAUAAAAUGAAGGCAGUUUCCAAGUCAAAGUCCAUGGUGCUGAAUAUAAGGACUCCUUACCUUGAAAGAUGAAAGCAGUUGAUGCCAACACCACAAAGAGGGUAAAGAGGAGGAUCUGGUAAGAACCAACGAACCACUUGAGGAUACCUGAAUCUUCACAUUGAUCUAUGCAUUGGACGUAACAAGAAUUAUUAGCACAUCCAGGGCACAUGCAGCAUUGAAAAAUCUGUGGUUAUCUAUGAGAAGCAUUCAAAACUCAGGUCUCUUAAUUUUGCUUACCAAAGAGAACAGGCCUUAAGUGUGAACUGGCUCCUUUACCUCCUUUUGGCUUCCAUCCAUCUCAAGCAAAAAAGUUUUUGAGCCCUUUAUUUUUUCCUCUCAGAUUACAAACGAUGAUUUAAAUAUUGUUGCUUUAAAAUGCCUGUUAACAUUCCUGUGCACUUUACCACAGGUGACAUACUUGACCUAAACAAGUCUGUGCUGACUGAAUUUUAUAA